AGCUUCCCAUGCACUAAGUAGUGCUGUGUGCCUGGUGAUAUUACUACAAGACGGUGAUGGAUAAGGUGAUGAAAUUGGCUUCGCAGCGAGCGGUGGUGAUCUUUAGCUGCAGCUCCUGCUGCAUGUGCUACACCGUGAAGAGCCUCUUCCACGACCUUGGCGUCCACACUUCUGUCCACGAGCUCGACGAGGACGCAGUGAGCGGGAAGGAGAUGGAGAAGGCACUCAUGAAGCUGCUAGGCCGGAAGCCACCGGUGCCAGCCGUGUUCAUCGGCGGCAAUCUCGUUGGCUCCACGGACAAGAUAAUGUCGCUGCACCUUGGCGGUGGACUUGUCCCGCUGCUGAAGGAUGCUGGCGCACUGUGGCUGUAGUAAAUCAUUAAUUAUAUGGCUCUGACUAUUAACUAUGCCUAAAUAUAAACAUUAAGGGGCAUUGAUGGUUAUUGAAUAAGAUUAAAUAAGUGAGAGUGGUGCGCACGAGUUUGACAUGGUCUUGUUUCCUUUUCCAUUUUUAUUUUAUUUUUUCUCUCUUUUCUUUGUCUAUUGUAUGUCUUUUUGCAAUGCCUACGGAUAUGAAAAAAAAUAUGAACUUAACG